GCGCCCGAAGAACUCCUUAUUGGCGGCUGCAGCAAUAUAAGCAGACAACGUCGCAUAUGAAGAAGUCGCUGCUGCCCAGCAUACGAGACAACACGGGGUGUCCAGCUGAUGAGCUCGAGGUGCGGCAGAUGCUAGGCGAGGUCACAACGCUGUUGCACGAACCCACGACGAUGACCAGGCGCAAACCCAGUGCACCGAAAGAUGGCCAUGUCGACGAUGCGAUUCGGCUCUUCUUGGAGGCGCAAGUGGCCAGUGUCAAGCUACGCGCCCAACGACCGGUGCAAAACACGUUAUUCAAACAAAUGUCUUAUGGGUCGUCCACGUCGCAGUGGCCCCUCGACGAUCGGUUCAAGCUCAUCGGCACCGAACUCGUCCAAGGCAUGUGGACGCAAAUCACAGACGUCGUGGCGUCCAAAACCAAAUGGGACAUUCAGCUGCUGGUCACGUACAUCAAACUGAACCCGACCCCCGACGCGUGGCAGCUCUACCUCGACACGAGGCGAGCCAGUUUCGUCACCCGAUCGCCCGACUCGCUCGACAACUUUCUCCGACACAUGCCUGCAUUGCUGAAAGAGGACUUGGACGUGUUUUGCAUCCCUUGCGACGGCGCCCCCCUGAGCAUCUUUCCCGCCCCCGACAUCCAACAAGACGCCAUCGAACGCAUGAAUCAAGUCGUAGACUCGGUGUACGGCCCAACGCUUCGGGCGCUGUUGGGGACGCGGAUCAAAGCCCUCGUGGCAGACUCCACGGGGUGGAUGGACAAGUCCAGCCAGUCGUUGCAGCUGCCGUUCGUGUCGUAUGCACCGGCGUACGUGGUGCAGCCGCAGUCUCGAGAGUAUGCGUACCCGUACGCCCCCCAUGCAAACCGGUCGCUGCUUGGGUCGAGCAAUUCGUUGGCAAAUGUAGGGGCGUUGGGGCGGUCAUUCAGGUUCAGCAUUGCGUCCCCGCGGGGGACCAAGGCAGGGGGACAGGGUGACGUUGAUGUUCUUUUGGCGAACCCGAGCCAGCACGGCGUGUGGCUGCAGUUCGCCGUCAGCAGCCUCCAGUUCUCGGAUACGUCGGCGCCGGCGGUGCUCAUGAAUGGUAUUUAUGUGUUCUUUGGGGACCUUGAAACCGUGCAUUCGCGAUGUAAAAAGAAAAUUCGAGUCGACAUCAAGGCCUGCAUCGGGUGGGCAGUCCUGGCCCUCGUGUCCCCUGCCAACGCCCCGUCUCCGACGUGGAUUGAGGCGACAAUUGAAAGCUACCGAAAGGAUGACAAUUCGUGUCAGGUGGUGCUCACGCCGUCGGCGUCGCUGUUCGAGUCGUGGCUGCCCCUGGACACGCAUAUUCGAAUGGCUCCAAGCGAUCCCAAGUGCCGCAUCCACGCUGGGAAGAAGUGGCUGGCAUUAGUCGACGAAAUUAACACCGCAGCUCACGUCAUGUCGGGGUACUGCCCCGACCCCUGCCGUCGCCACGUCCAAUCGGCCAUGUGGGCCACCUUGAGUAACCCAUUUCGACCGGCCGACUUUAUCUUUUCGCGGUACCUUCGAUCGGCGAUCCACGAUGCGACCCGACGCGAGAUAGUUUUGGAGUCUCGCGCAGUGGGCCAGUUCAAUGCCGACACGGGCGUGUACGGGUACCCCGUCCGCGUUCAGGAGCAUCUCCUCCGCGCCCGCUGCGAAUCCGUCGCCACCAUCAUGUACGACGUGAGUGACUGCUUGCAUAUGUGCAUUCGGUCCAACGCGCACAUGUCGAUCGCGCGGCUGUUUGUGCAAGUGAUACAAGAAGAAUUGAGUGUGUUUCUGCGCGAAAUUGCCAAAUCCACGAUGGGCGACACGACGACAGCGUUGGAGUCGCUCGUGGAAACCGCGGUGGGUUUAGGUCUCAUGUUGGACACGUGGCAGACGCACACGCAAGCCAAGAUCUUUGACAGAGCCCCAACCCCGACCACACAAUGGACCCACGACACGUUUGCCAAGGUGUGCGCGACCAUCCUAGCCACCAAACACACGGUCCUGGCCUGCAUUUAUGCUCAGUGGCGGCGAGAAUGCACGCAAUCGUACUUUCCCAACGUGGCCCAACACGGAUGGAGCAGUGUCAAGCCAUACUUUGGCGACUCGCGCAUCUCGGCAGGGGUACAAUGUCUCGUGUUUCGCGUCGACAGUCUCGUCUCUCGGGUGGUUUCUGCAUGUGCGAUGCCGUUUGGCAAUGCUGUGACGACGCGGCCAAUGCAAUGCAUGUGUUGGUCCAUGGUCCUCCACGGGCUGGAGUGCUUUUCGGCGCUGUACAAAGCAAUCCAAGUGUCCCGCGCGCGCCUCUGGCAGUUCAAAAUGGAUGUGCUGUACAUGUUGUGCGGCAUGUAUCGGUCGACCCAGCGAAUACGCGAGCUGGACACAGCUGACGAUGACAUGUCCAUGUGGGCAACGCGUUGUGAGGAUGGAAUGAUCGAGUGGCUACAGAUCCUCUCGCUAGUUUUUGCCCCCGCGGGGCUUGUGAUUGAAGAAAUGACCAGCCGAAAGAAGGCAGAGCUGACCCCACCCGAAUCCCAACCGGAAACAACGGCCAAAGAAGUGCUCUUGGACGAUCAAAUGCAGGUGUUGGUGGGACUAUUGUGUAUUCACAACGACCAGAAUCGGCUCAAGCCUUGGCAAUCACACAACAUUCUCCUCGGAGGGGAUGUCAAGCCCCUGAAACAAAUCGACUUGCAGUGGCAGCCCCUCUUGGCGAGUUUGACCAUGGAAUCGUACGAGAUGGUGGGUUGGAUUCGCAAGCGAAGGGAAACGUGUAGCUCCACGUUCCCCGAGCUGACCAAAGAAGAAUUGGCACAUCGAGCCAAGCUGGAAGAGGUGAUGGCGGGCGUGGCUGGAGAAACUACAGCGAGAUAGUUAAAAUCACAACGCAGCAAUGCCCUCAACACCUGGAGUAUCGAGUUGCCAUCGAUUAAAUCCAGGGAUGAAGUGUUGUGGUCGUGAUCGCCUCGCCAGGCCGAACGACCGAGAGGUUUGUGUUGAAGCUAUAACAGCAGAAUACAAGGGCCUACAUUGGAUGAACGAG